GACAGCAGCAGAAAUCAAUUCAAAUUACUUUGAUGACAGUCGCUUAGCGUCUUCCCAGGCAGGCAGACAGGAACUUCCAGGAUGCUGGCAGCCCGUACUGGCGCUGCAGGGAGUCAGAUCUCCGAAGACAACAGCAAGUUUAGAAAGCAGUCUGGCCUUUCUUCAGGGGGGAAAGACAGAUCUCCCAAGAAAGCCCCCGAAAAUGUCAAAGACAGCAGCCUCAGCCCCUCAGGGCAAAGCCAGCUCAGGGCAAGGCAGCUGGCCCUGCUGCGGGAGGUGGAGAUGAACUGGUACCUAAGGCUCUGCGAGCUGUCGAGCGAGCACACUACUGCACACACCACCGGGAUGCCGCACAGGAAUCUUGGGAAAUCAGGACUCAGAGUUUCGUGCUUGGGUCUUGGAACAUGGGUGACAUUCGGAGGUCAAAUUUCAGAUGAGGUUGCUGAACGGCUGAUGACAAUUGCCUAUGAGAGUGGAGUUAAUCUCUUCGACACUGCAGAAGUCUAUGCUGCUGGGAAGGCUGAGGUGAUUCUGGGGAGCAUCAUCAAGAAGAAAGGCUGGAGGAGGUCAAGCUUGGUCAUCACAACCAAACUCUACUGGGGUGGAAAAGCCGAAACAGAAAGAGGAUUGUCAAGAAAGCACAUCAUUGAAGGACUGAAAGGCUCCCUCCAGAGGCUGCAACUGGAAUAUGUGGACGUGGUCUUUGCAAAUCGCCCAGACAGCAACACCCCCAUGGAAGACAGGAGCCUAGCAUGGCUGUCCUCUGAGAGGCCCUACCAGCAGCUGACUGAGACAGAUACAGAUACUCACAGCCAACCAUUGGUCUGAAGUCGGGGACCCCUAUGGUUGAAUUCAGGGAAGAAUUGAAGCUGAAGGGGAGGAUGACCCCACAGGAAGGCCAGCAGUCUCAACUAAUCUGGAACCCAGUGAGCUCCCAGAAACUGAGCCACUAACCAGACAGCAUACAGAGUCUGCUCCAAACCCUCUCAACCCCCACCCCACACACAUAUACAGCAGAGGACUACCUGGGCUGGCCUCAGUGGGAGAAGAUGUACCUAAUCCUCCAGAGAGAUUUGAGGCCUGGUGGGGGUGGAGCACCCUCUCAGAGACAAGGGAGAAGAGGAAUGGGAUGAGGAACUGUGAGAAAGAGGACCAGGAAGGAGGGGAGGGGCAACAGUGAAUUAUAAAUAAAUAAAAUAAUAUUUUUUAAAAAAAGAAGCACCUCUGAAACCAUAAAACUCAAGGCAUGUAACACUGCCAAUGUUCAAACACUUUCUAGUUCUAAAUGGCAGCAUUUAGUUAAACACAGAGUAUUUAAACGGAGCCUCUCCUAGUUGAUGAGUUUUCUUUUUCCAUUACAAAAAUAAAUUACACAUUUACAUAAAGCUUGGGAAAUAUACAGAAAAUUAGUACUGAGCACAGUAAGUUUGGAUUUUCUCCCAGCACUUUGCAAGCAAGCUUCUAGUCCUGCCCAAAUACGGUGGCCUCCCACUCUGUUUCCUCACCUCCAGCCAAAGGAAACUGCAGUGCAGUCUCUCAGACUUCUGGCUCAUGCCCAGAUUCACUUGAGUAACAGCAUUUGAUCUAAACACUAAUUGCUACACAUUGAUGUCCUUAUCCCUCAUGCUUUAUUGUUCAUACGAUCUUAUUAUCUGCUCAUAACUCUCAAGGUAUCCAGGCCAUUUCUUAUUCAGUAGAAGGUGAUGGAGGCAGGGUUUGUAAGCUGUGUUCUUUAUGUGAGGUCUGAUUCCAAAAUUAAAAAUUUAUCAUCCAAAACUUUUUACUCCAAGUAUCUGUACCAAUCCCUUUGGCAUGAAAUGCAUAUUUUAAACACAGAUGAACUACAUCAUUGAAAGAAGAACGUACUAAAUUGUGGGAGCCAGGCUUUUGUGGAGGAACUGAGGCCACAUUCCACUCACUGGCUGGGCAGCUAACAUUGGUGCUUCAAAUCAUCUACAUACAGGCUCUCAAACAAAUUAUAUAGGGUAGAUGGCCCCUUAGUGUUACAGAUGGAAAUAAGAUACCUGGAGAGCAAGCCUGACCUGAAGGAUUUAUUAAGGUCAGCUCCCUGAGGCCUCGGAGCCCCAGGGAGAAACAUCAGGUUAAAGAAGGUUGAUUUCAACCUGAGAAUGGUUGGGAAGGUCUAACAAAAUCUUGUGGCCAUUUAGAUAGAUGAUAGGUAGGUAGGUAGAUAGGUAGGUAGGUAGAUAGAUAGAUAGAUAGAUAGAUAGAUAGACAGACAGACAGACAGACAGACAUGCAUAAGCCAGGCAUAUCUGUAAUUACAGAUGCAUAUCUAUUAAUCCAUGUACUCAGAAAACUGAGCCAGGACGACUACAAACUUGAAGCCAGCCUGGGCUACCUACCUAGCAAGUUCUAGGCCAGGCUGAGCUACAUAGACUCUAUUCGGAGACAGAAGGGAGAAAAUGAAAAGGGAGGGAAGAAGAAAAUGAGAAGAAGAGGGGAGGGAGCAUAAAGUCUCGUUAAAGGAAGCUGAGAGUCAGAACCAGGUAGCUCUAUCAGAUUCUCAUGAUCAGAUCCAUGUCAGUGCGUGGGUGUGCAUGGGUGUGCACGUGUGUUCAUCUUCCUAUCCCCUCACAUAAGUACUAAGGCAAGCAUGAAGCAUUGAUUGGGAGAAUGUGGAAGAGGGGCAUGGAGGACUUCAACGCUGAGAUGGCUUGCUUGGGAAGCGUAGAGUGAGUGGUGCUCAACCUCAGGGGGCAGACAGACUCGGCCACAUGAUUUUGCAGUCCAUUAGUCUUAGGACUCUAGAUUUGUAAUAAGUUCCUGGCUGCUACUACAGCUGUUGCCUAGACACCGCACCUUGAGACCAGAGGUACAAGUUAAGGGCUUCUUACUGCAGGCCAUGUAUGAGAAUAGACUAGACCAAGUUUCUAAAAUACUCACUCCAGGGCCUCAGCAUGACUAACAUAUUAGACCUUCAGUGUAGCAUUCUGCAUGGGCAGUAUUUAAGAGCUCGGUCUUAGGGAUGGUGGGUGGGGUUGAUUUUAGGGUACAGGCAGAGCUGAGAACAGCAAGGGCUGAGGCUUCUAGAAACAUCUGGACAGGGAGAACCAGGAUCAGUCCUGGGGAGGCAGACUUUACCACAUUUCCAGAGUGUUCUUUCUCAGAGUAUGAACACAGCACCUUAAAUAUUCAUUCUAUUGUCCUUUCUCCACUAAGAAUCAAUGUUUUGAUAUUAUACACCUUUAAAUGCAUGAGCUGUCAAGAUGGCUCAGUAGAUAAAGGUGCUUACUGCACGUUCCACAGGACGCCCAUGGUAGAAGGGGAGAACUGACCUAUGACCUCCACCAGCUACUAUGGCACAAGCACACACACACACAAAUAAAUAGAUAAGCAAACAAUAAAAAUCGCUUUUAUUUUAAAAUCUUACACUUAGAUUUCUCUAUCAAGGUCAAAAUAGAUAAAUAAAAUGAAUUUCCAUAAUUCACAAGUAAAAUGUGGUAGGAUUUUUUCUUUCAACAAUGCUGCCCUCUAGUGUCCACAAGUUAGUACUACGAAAAACCAUGUAAAAUUCCACCUGAGUCACCAAAAAGGUGACUUUCUUGUUUGUUAGCUAAAUUCUGGGGAUUUUCUUUUUAAAUAACCUCCUCCACAGACAAGAACUCCCAGUGUCCCCUUCCCCCCUUCCUCCCUGCCCUCUCCUCAGAGCCACACACAACAGAAAGAAGGCGUAGCCAGCAAGUAAAGGCUGUGCACCUCUGCCACACCUCACACCACACCCUUUACACCGUCACUGUCCAUUGAGAAGAUAACAUCAAACAAGACCCCGUCUCCCACUGAGUUCCACAAACCCAGCUGGGCUGGUCCUUGGUGAGUGUUCCCAGCCCCAAGCACCUGCCUCCUCCCUCUCUCUCCUCUCUUCCCAGUCUCACAUAGGGUCUCAUCAGGGAUACCCAUCUUCUAGGUCAUCCCGAGCGGUACCCAGACAGUCUCUCAGCUCUCCAUCUUUGACUAUAACUCUCCCGCCAUUCCUUGGAUUAGUGCUUUCUGUGCUUCUUUCCUUUGAAAACCUGGUGGAAGAGUUGUGCAGGUUGUCUCCAAACCUGCCUGCCCUCCAUUCUUCCGUCACGCCAGCCUGGCCUGGGUCUUUCAGUGACACUAAAAUGGCUCUCAUCGUGCUCUAUAGUGUGUGUGUGUGUGCGUGUGCGUGUGCGUGUGCGCGUGCGCGUGCGCGUGCGCGUGCGUGCGUGUGCGUGUGCGUGUGCGUGCGUGUGCGUGUGUGUGCGUGCACGUGUGCGUGCGUGUGCGUGCACGUGCGUGUGUGUGUGUGUGU